AUGCCAAAGGUCAAUAGCUAUGCGCCCGCUUGGCUUUACCGGCCAUCGCCUGGCGCCAAUCUCUUUGCGAGCAACCCUGAAAAGACCUCUACGGAUGAUUCGCUGAAACAAAGCAAAAAUACCACUGCUGACGGUCCGGUCAAAACAAUUGCGAAGAGAGCGAAUGAAGUCUUUGCCGUCGUUGACAACGAGAUUCGGUGGUCCAAUUUGGCGCGUUUGAAGGAUCAAUGGCAGCAGCAGGAAAGGCAGAAGAAAACAAAGACGCAAGCUGAUGAAUCUUCUGCUCCAUCUUAUCGAGUGCUUGCUGUUCCCGUUUACGGGCGUAUCAAACAAAUUCUCCCGUCCCCCAAUGGCGCGUUCCUGGCGAUUGUCGCCGAGAAUACAGUGCACAUUGCCGUGCUUCCCGACUCCUCGCAUCUCUCUUCUCCAGACAAGGCCCCGAUUCGACUGAAGACAUAUCAGCUUGGCCCGACCACUCAUGUGCUUCCACAAGCCCCCGUCGUAUCCGCGCUUUGGCACCCUCUUGGCCUGCACACCAAUCUGGGCGGCUGUCUGGUUACUAUUACCGCUGAUGCUGCCGUGCGAGUAUGGGAGCUGGAUCGCAACAACCACUGGUCCUUUGAUCAACCAACAUUAGCCGUGGACCUGCAGAAGCUGGUUGACGGUACCUCCUCUGAACAAGACUUUGCUCCGUCUGGGUUCGGUAAGAAUAAGGGAUUUUCGGCUGAUGUCAUUGACAUGGAGGUCGCAUCAGCCUGCUUCGCAGGUAACGGGAAUGACAAAGAGAAUGCUUGGGCACCGAUGACCCUGUGGAUCGCGAUGAAGCCCGGUGAUCUUUACGCUCUGUGUCCAUUGUUGCCGUCCAAGUGGCAAGCCCCUUCCGCAACGAUUCCCUCGCUUUCUUCUGCCAUCAUUCCCAAGCUGUCUGCUCUCGAAGAAGCGCCCGAAGACGUUGAAGAAGAGCUGAUCGCCGCCCGACAGCAGUACGAAUGGCUCAAAGAGAUCGAUGAACAAGAGCCUGCACAUCUCUCUACAGACUCAAACCUGAUUCCGGGUGCCGAUGUCUUCUCUCGGCCCAGCAAUCCCAGCCCCAUCCCUCGCCUGCAGGGCCCAUUUCGAUUUGAGACUGGAGAUGAGCUUGAUGAUCUCGAUCUGCGGGAUAUUCUCGUGAUUGCAUCCAAGCUUGAUGCAGAAGAUCUGAUGGCUGGAGAAGACGACGAAUCGGCAGCGAACUCCAAUGAUCAAGACAAACUCUCUGCAACAGUUGUGUGCUUGACUAAUGGCAAUGGACGCGUUCACAUCUGCUUGGAACUGGAUGGCGUAGAAGGCCAAUGGCUUCCUCGGUCAAAGAAGGGUGCCUUCCGCACGCCGAUCUCAGAGCCUGCUGACCUGGUUUUAGUCGAGUCCUUGGACACCAUUAGAUCCACUGGCGCGGAACCCACCACCUGGCCUACUUUCACCAAGGAUGUGCAUUCGCCAUACUCAUUCUUUGUAACAACGGCAUCUAAUGUUGUUCACUUUUCCCUGGCAUCCUGGGUGCAACGACUGGAGUCUGAACUACAGGCCGAGGACACGUCAGGAUCAGGUUUCCGUCUGCAGAUCCUUUGCAGCGGAAACGUCGUCCAAAGGGAAAAGAUCCUACAAGCUUCGGAUGCGGACGUUGCCGCCUCGAGCGAUCACCUUGCGACUUCAUUAGUGUUCUACGACUUCGACCUUGGCUACAUGCUUCUCACGUCCCUUCCUUCCAAUCCAUAUGCAGCGGUCAUGGAUGGACCUGAGGAUGCGUUUUCAGCAACCAUGGAGCUUCGCACUUAUGACUACAAGGCAAGUGCAGACGCGUCUUCGACGCCAUUGCCCCCUCACCGAGCCCCAUACCAAGUCCCUGCAAUCUUCUACGCAAAGUCGCCCCUUGAGACCUUUGUCGAGAAGCAUGUGCCGCAUCGUCAGCGGCACACUCUCAAAGAGCAGGUUCGACUAUCUCCUGCGACUCUGGACUUAGUGACUACCGCUCAUCGCGUGCUCUCCGCCCACACCAACGCUCUGGAGCGAGCAGCAUCGGACUUGUUCCGCCGCUGUGAAAGACUCCAGGGCGAGAUGAAGGACCAAUUGAAACAACUUUCAGAUGUUGCUGAACGCAUCCAGGGCGUGGCUAGCGAGAUCGGAGAGGAUGGAAAUCGCAAGCAAGGCUCACGCAACGGUGACGCCCUCGACAAGCGGCUGCAGGCGGCAAAGGAUAAGCAGGAUGAGAUCACACGGAGAUACGAGGCACUGCGCAAGAAACUCCUCAAUUCUGGCGGACGCCCCUUGAGUCAGAGGGAGAAAGCGUGGAUUUCAGAAGUCAAGUCUCUAAACGCUUCCAUCGAUGAAGAGGAGCCUGAAACGAAUGAGACACAUGAACAGCUGAAACAGCGCCUGGAAACUGUCAAGAAUCUCGCAAAUGAGCUUGUGGCUGAGGCUAAGAACCUCAGUGCGAAGGCUUCGUCCCCUGAGCCUGGCAGUCCCGCGUCCCCAGGCGGUGCUCAGCCAAAGGUGCCACAGCGGCUCCAGCGGGCCAAGGUUGCAGACGCGAUGAGAAUGGUUGAACGAGAAUCUGCGGUUAUUGAGGCAAUCACGUCUCGUCUCGAGCGAUUGCAUACCAGUCUAUGA